UUGGUCAUGUAGAAUAUUUGUGCCAACUUAUUCAGAUUGAAGGUUCCUCAUUACCUUCUAAGAUUGAAGAUACAAAAAAUAAGAAAGCUAUCAAACAUUUAUUGAGACUAUUUAUUUCUAAAAAACUCGUAGAAUAUAUAGAUCAAGAUAAGAAAAAAAGUUGUAAAUUUAAUUUAUCUGUUGAUUAUAUCCUUGUAUUAAAAGAUUUGCAAAAAAAUAAAUAUGAAUUAUAUCUUAAUGAAAUGUUGUAG